AUGACUAUUAAUAUAGACAAGCAGUUUUUAAUAAGUCAAAAACAAAAAGGUCAUCCAGGAUCACUUAUUGGCGUUGAUGUAACUUACCAAAAAAAAGAAUUUAAGCAAUUUAAAAAAUUAAAAGAAUUUGAGAUAAAAAGAAAACUUAAUGAAGAUGAAUUCAAAUUAACUACUAAAACUGUGGAAUUCUGUUCUACAAGCGACGACACAGAAGAAGGUUUGCCUGAUUAUUUUGUAAACAAUGAUGACUUCAGUAAUUUGUUUGAUGGCAAUGUUAAAAAAACUAAAGAUCAAAUAUUAAAUUUAGAAGAUAUUAAUUUUUCACCGGGUCCGUCUAAUAAAACUAAUGUUUUGCCAAUAUCAAGCUCCAUAAAACAAAGAGGUACAAUAGACAUAAUGACUGUAAAGUUAUCUUCAGCAUUAGAUAGGUGCAAAAUAAGCGACCGAGACGCAGUGCACAUUAUAAUUGCAGUGGCUGAAUCAUUAGGGCAUGAUGUCAAUGAUAUCAUAGUUAAUAGGUCAUCAAUUAAACGACAUCGUGAAAAAAUACGUUGGAAUUUAGCUACACAAAUUCGCGACAAAUUUUCUGUGUCUAAUCUCAAUGCCUUAGUUUUACAUUGAGACGGCAAAUUAUUACCUGAUUUAUGUAGUAAACAAAUAGUUGAUAGACUACCUAUAAUUAUUUCAAAUAAUGGAAAUGACCAACUAUUAGCAGUACCAAAGAUGUUAAACGGAACUUCUAAAUCACAGGCUGAGGCUAUAUAUCAAACGUUGGUCGAUUGGG